AGGGGGAGGUGGGGCAUCAGGUGACAAGGCUGGGAGAUCACAGACGAGGAACUUUCCUGAAGCAGGAGCCCUCUGAGCAGAAAGGCAGAGCCAGCGCUGGGGGCAGAUACCAGCAGAGAAACAGCCCAGCAGGAGGACGACGUCAUGGAGCCCUGGCCCAGGCCUACAACUUCAACUUCUGCAACCUGCGAGAGGCCCCUAACCGGAACUCCACCUACCUCUGCUUCGAGGUGGAGGAAGAACAGCUUGACUCUCCUGAGUCCUCCUACUGGGGGGGUCUUUCGAAACCAGCCCUCCCACCUCCACCAGGUCUACCCGGAGGAGCCUCUCCACGCAGAACAACGUUUCCUCUCUUGGUUCUAUGAUACGAUUCUGUCUGCUCGUGCGGAUUACCGUGUCACCUGGUACAUGUCCUGGAGCCCCUGCUUCGAGUGUGCAGAGGAGGUGGUCAGCUUCCUGGGGGAGCACGAGAACGUCAGCCUGAGCAUCUCCGCCUCCCGCCUGUACAAGCGUGAUGACCAGGGCCAGCAGGAGGGGCUUCGACUGCUGGACCAGGCGGGGGCCGAGGUGGCCAUGAUGUCUCCCGAGGAUUUUGAAUACUGUUGGGACAACUUUGUGGAUAACCGCGGAAUGUCCUUCUGGUAUUGGAAGGGUAUCCGUCGAAAUUAUCAUGCUCUGGAUGAUGAGCUUAAAGAAAUCCUCUGGACUCACCAAUGUGCUCUUCGGCUUCCGGUCCUGGCUCUGGAAGGGGGCAGGCACUCAGUGCAGCCCAAGAGAACAAGUGAACGCUGUUUACCAGGCUCUCCUGGCCCCAGAGGCCAUCCGCUGAGGGGACUUCCCAGACGGCCACGUGCAGAACCAGGAACUCCAAGCACAUCCGGCCCUGACACAGGGUCCAGCCUUCUCUUCACCUGCGACCUUCAACAGGCUGCUGAGGGGAGCCCUCUGAGCAGAAAGGCAGAGCCAGCGCUGGGGACAAUGGCGGGAAGCAAACUCCCCUGGAAGGAAGGCUAUCCCCCGAAGCCCUGGCCCAGGAACCCGAUGCAGAAGUUACAUGCAGACUAUUUCAACUUUCACUUCACAAACGAGCUCACCCCGAAAGGUCGAAAUGGCUGCUACAUCUGCUACGAAGUGCGAGGAAACCACUCACCUAUCCCCUUGGCCAGAGGGGUCUUUGAAAACCAGUUCUAUCCAAAGAAGAGACUCCACACAGAAAUCUGCUUCCUGAACUGGUUCAAGGAGUCACCCUUGGAGAAGACCCCGGGCCCUGGGGAACAAUACGACAUCACCUGGUAUAUGUCCUGGAGCCCCUGUGUGGAGUGUGCGAAGCAGGUGGCCGAGUUCCUGAACACGCACAAGCACGUGCGGCUGCGCAUCACUUUCUCACGCCUCUACCACAGCAAGAAGCAGGAAUACCGGCAGGGGCUUCGUAGUCUGGCCGGCGCAGGGGCCGAGGUGGCCGUAAUGUCUCCAAAGAAUAUUAAAUACUGUUGGAACAACUUUGUAGACAAACGCAGAUGGUCCUCCUGGUAUUGGCCGGAUAUACAUAUAAAUUAUGAUGCUCUGCAUAAAACCCUUACAGAAAUCCUUCGACCCCGGAUGGAUAAGGACAUCUUCAUUGAGAACUUUGGUCCACAAAUGCCACAUGAAACAUACCUGUGCUACGAGGUGGAGCAACCAGAAGGUGACUCCGGGAUCCCAGAGGACCAGUUGAAGGGCUUCCUGCGCAACCAGGGUGCUGACACACCAGAAGAAACCCGCCAUGCAGAGCUGUGCUUCCUGGACCGGAUCCGGUCCUGGGGCCUGGACAGGAACGAGCACUACAGCAUCACCGUGUUCAUCUCCUGGAGCCCCUGCCCUGACUGUGCCCUCAGCCUGGUGGGUUUCCUGCGGGAGAACAGCCUUGUGAGCCUGCGCAUCUUCGCCGCCCGCAUCCAUAGCUAUAUCGAAGGAUAUGAGGACGGACUUCGCCAACUGAAGGCGGCUGUGGCCCAGAUCUCCAUCAUGGACAUCCCUGAGUACAAGCGCUGCUGGGACACCUUCGUGGACCACCAGGGUCGACCAUUUGAGCCCGGGGAUGACCUGUGUGCACACAUUCGAAAGGAGUCACAGAUGCUGGAUAAUAUCCUCAAGGGUUCAGGGAAGUGAAGAUGAAUUCCACCUCUCUGAACAAGUCUGUUGUCUCUGAGGAACUACAAACCUUCUUCAAAAAAUGAAAACUCACCAUUGCCACCAUCUCCAAAUUGAUCCCCAGGAACCAGCAAAAGGCCAAGAGCUCAUAAGAAGUUUGUUUUUAAUGAAUCUGAUCGAUUUACUUUUCAUUAAAAUCUAUAUGUUGAAA